AUGCAACUCUCAAUAGCGGCAUCAGCUUCUGUGUUUCCGGGUUUUCGAUUUUCGCCAACUGAUGAUGAGCUGAUAUCAUAUUACUUGAAGAAAAAAAUUCAAGGUUCCGAUACUUGUGUUGACAUCAUUCCAGAAGUCGAUUUUUGUCGGCAUGAGCCCUGGGAUUUACCAGCUCUUUCCAUCAUUCGGUCCGAAAAUGAGUGGUUUUUCUUUUCGGCACGGGGAAGGAAGUAUCCAAAUGGCUCACAGAGCAAAAGGGCAACACAAUCUGGAUAUUGGAAAGCCACUGGCAAAGAACGGGAUGUAAAGUCUGGUGGCGUUGUAAUUGGCACAAAGAGGACACUGGUUUUCCAUACGGGUCGUGCUCCUAAAGGAGAAAGGACAGAAUGGAUCAUGCAUGAAUAUUGCAUGAGUGACACCAAACAGGAAUCCUUGGUCAUUUGUCGGCUUAGAAGAAAUGGUGAUUUCCGGUUAACUGAAUCUUCAAAAGGUUCUUCUGAUCAUAGGAAUUUGUCAACUGCCGAUGAUGGCCACUCUGGUAUGAAUGAGAAUGCCAAUACCCAAGUUGAUGGGCUUGAGAAUUAUGGGAAUCCUAUUAAGUCCUAUUCAAAAGAAUCCACUAGCAGCUACAGGUCCCAGUCAGUCGCACAAAAUGAUUCAGAAACCGACUCUGAUCAACAGCCCUUUCAAGAUUCGCCACAUGGUUCGUCGGAUCCAUAUAAGGAUUAUGACAACGAUGAUGACUGUUUCGCGGAUAUAAUCAACGAUGACAUAAUUAAACUCGACGAGUCUGCCUCGCACUCUCUUGCUUUGCAUGGUGUCCUCACUGGGGAUCUUCUUUCAACCAAGUGCAAGGAUAAGUUACCACAAGAUACCGUGUCAUCCCAGGGAACUGCAGUCAGAAGAAUAAAACUGAAACGUCAAAAGAUACGAAAACCAAAUGAAAGUACAUCAUCUUGUGUUAACAGACACCAACCGCAACCCGAAAAUAAAUCAUCAGGAUGUCUGGUUAGUGUGAUGGCGGGCAAUGCCAGUUCUGUGUCCGGUUUCACGCAUCUGGUUCUGGUUUUCUUGUUUUUGCUGAUACUGUUAGUUGCUUGGAACUUGAAUUCUAAGCAAUACUUGGGUAUUAGUAUGGAAGUUUCUAAGAGGCAGCUAAGGCAUAUUACUUCUUUAGAUGCAUGA